CUCAAGAAUGGGCGUGUACAUCAUCACAACCUCAUGCAUCUAUUAAUCCAGCUUUACUUGAUCUAUCCAGAGGACCCACUCAACGCAUCCCAAUUAUCCAAGCCACGUGCUGCCCAUCUUCCGGUCCGACCCGGCAAGGCUCUCAGCCUCACCCCUACAGUGCCUCAAGAUGCGCCUCCUCAACCUCAAUACCUUAGAGCUCAGAGAAUUUAUCGACGCCGAGCGACCGCCCUAUGUCAUCCUCUCUCACACCUGGGGCGCCGAAGAAAUAUCUCUGCAGGAGCUUAAGCUUCCCGUCUCCAACGCCUCGUAUCUCUCCACCAAAGAAGGCUACGUCAAGAUUCUGAACUUUUGUCAAAAAGGCAAGGAGAAUGGGUUUGAGUGGGGAUGGAUCGAUACUUGCUGUAUCGAUAAGACGAGUAGCGCUGAGCUUUCGGAAGCUAUCAAUUCUAUGUUUAGAUGGUAUCAAGAGGCAGAUUCCUGUUAUGCCUACUUGAGCGAUGUCUUCAGUCGUGAAGGUGGAGAACACCAGGAACCCUCGCUCCAGGUCCAGUUCGCUGGCAGCCGAUGGUUCACCCGGGGCUGGACACUCCAAGAGCUUCUUGCACCGUCGAGUGUCGUGUUCUACUUGCAAGACUGGACUGUAUAUGGCACCAAGAGUUUCUUGCACAAGGAAGUCUCUCGUAUCACUGGCGUCCCCACAUUUGCGAUGACAAAGCCGAACAGUGUGAAAGAGUUCAGCGUCGCUCAGAGGAUAUCAUGGGCCUCAAACCGGCAGACUACACGUCCGGAGGAUAUUUCCUAUUGCCUUCUAGGGAUUCUCGGUGUUCACAUGCCUUUGCUAUAUGGUGAAGGGGCCAGAGCCUUCUCAAGACUCCAAGAGGAGGUGAUGAAAAGUGGCACUGAUCCAACAAUCUUUGCGUGGCCGUCGAGUGAUGUGGCAGUAAAUACACGGGAAGGACCGUUAGCGCCAAGCCCGGCUGCCUUUAGGUUCGCUGGGAAUCAUAGAGUCUUUACCUCUGGAAACUUUGUAGAAUAUGGACCAUGGUCAGUUACGAAUCGCGGCAUCCGGAUAGAGGAUCUUCCAAUCCUCGAAGAAUCUUUGGCUAAGGCUCUGCUUGAUUCUGAAGGCUUUCAUCUUUGGCCCAACAAAACCUAUGCAGUAGCUUUAAUUGGCUGCUACAGGGUAAAACAAGACGGCCAACGCAUUGAUAAACAGUUUGGUAUUGCGUUGUACAAGCAUGGAGACAUCUACUAUCGCUUCCGCACACCUGAGAGUCUUUUACUCAUAGACCACCACGUCAAGAUGUCAGCGAGAGUAAAUUGCAUCCUCCAUUUAGAGCCGGUAGUUACUUAUUCGAAAUAUAAAAUACGUCCAGAUUCGGUAAGCCCCAGGUGGAUUAUUCGUAAGUGUCCGGAUGAACGACAUGGUUUCACUAUCUCGGACAUCUGCGGACGCUGGGUGUGGGGAUCAGACUUCAAAUUCUUUUCUUACCCGGAUCUAAGGGACGAUAUGGUCAGGCCCGCCUCUCGUAAAGCUAUAAUCUUCUCAAACAAUACCACAAAAGAAGAAUUCUUUGUGGUUGUCAGAGUCAACAAAGCCCUGCCCUGGAUACAUGUUUCAACAAAUAUAACGAGGGAAGCAUGUUUAGAUUCUCCGUUUGCGUUUGGGGUGGAUCACACUGCGUAUGUGGACCAGACCUCUUCAGCUCUAAGGAACGGAAAGGAGGUUAUAGUGAAGGUGAUUUGCGGUGUGGAUAAUGGGGAAAGGGUUUUUUUUCUAGAUGUUUGUAUUCAAGAUGUUCAAUAAGCGCAUUCGGGGGGUUUUGGUAGAUCUUGCCCAAUCGCCGUCUAAUAGCUAUAUUCACAGGCUUCUUUUC